CCGUUCAUCCUCCCUCGACCAGGCCUAACACCAGCAGAAGAAUUUUACCGCCUGGUCACCCCGCGCUGCUUCUCCCCCGCACUGCUUCUGGGCAUCAGCGUCAUGUCGUGGUUCGAACACGUGGGCCGAGUCAUCUGCGCCUUGCUGGCGCAAUUUCAUUGGCUGUCAGACCCCCUCGCUGCUCUCCUGCUGCCCCGACUAGGCGCCAAGCUCCCACCCUCCUUCAUGCGGGAUUUCACCCGCCACACACACCACACUGCCUGGCACUGCUUCUUCAACACCAUCUGCGCUGGCACCAACUUCCUGGAACCUUCCCUGCACCUACUGCACAACCAGAGCCCCACAAACGUCCUCACUACACACAGUGGUGCUUGUUACGAGACCAAAUCAGCGAGUACCGUAGCAGAGAGCGGCGAGUUACGCAACAGAAGCGUUCCCGUGACUAUAGUGCAUGGUGACAAAGACAAGCUGUGCCCGAUCGACUCAAGCAGGGGGUUGGCUCGGCGGCAUCCGAACGUGAAGCUGUUGGAGGUUCGGGGAGAAAACCACAUUACAGUGGUGGUGGGUAGGGAUAAAGAAGCUGCGCAACAAAUAGUGGAGCUUGUUGAGGAAGUUGAGGCCACAAACAUGAUCGCAUGA